AUGUGAAUGACAAUGCGCCCGAGUUUCGCUACCCCAACACUUCCAUCCUGCUGCACAUGGCACCGGACGAGACUCUGGGACACAAAAUUCUCACUGUGCAGGCGGUCGAUCGAGACGAGGGCGAGAAUGCUCGCAUCUCCUACAGCAUCCGCUCAGAAAUUCCCAUUCCGCCAGAUGGGCCCGGCACUGGAUGUUUCGCCAUUGACGAGGCCAGUGGACUCAUUUUCCUCACUAGGUAUGCACCUCUACAUAUAA